AUGUCAUCCGUCAACAGCCGUUCAAGUGUUCAAAUUGGAAUGAACCGAGGGACAUCGUUCCACACAAGUCUGGUGGUAAAUACGCCGAAGACCAUGGACGAGCUGAAUGAAAGAGCCGAUGGCUUCGUGCGUCUGGAAGAAGAAGAAACAGUUAAUGCAAGGAAGACAUCUAUUAUCUCCACAGAGGAGAAGUCUAAAGCCAAGAUUCGUCAGAAGCAAGCUCCACUGCCGCGUCAGACUUCCUGGAAGACAGUGAAGAGGCCCCGAGAGGAGGAGAUGAUUACUCCACUCAAAGUCACACUGGCGAGGCUGUACCAAGGAAAUAAAGAUAAGUUUCGUCCUUCAUUACCCAUCAGACAACCUUUUAAACAGAGGGAUCAAUCUAAACAUUAUGCUUUUCAUAGUGAUUAUGGUCAUCAGACUAAUGAAUGCAGGAACUUACGGAGGCAGGUGGAGACGCUUAUCGCAACGGGAGAGUUUACCGGGUAUGUUCAAGGGCCAACACAGGAACAUAAUCGGCUAGCUGAGCAAGUCAAGAGAAAUCAAAAACCGAAUCCCCAUCACGCUCAGCCCGUUUGGAUAAUAAAUGCAACUCAUGGCCGACCUGAGCAGAUGAAGCGGCGAAUAGGCAGUGUCAAUACUCUGCAUCAUCAGAAUGCAUCGACGCAGAUAAGGUUUGACAAAUCAGACCUGCUGCGAGUUCAGAUUCCUCAUGAAGAUCCUUUGGUUGUUAGUUUGACAGUGGCAGAGUGUUUGGUACGAAGGAUGCUAAUUGAUCCUGGGAGCAGUGCGAAUGUCAUGCCUCGGGUUACCUUCGAUCGGCUAAAAAUUAAGCCAGAGGUGCUUAAAUGUACUGGGAAUCCAUUGUUUGAGAUUCGAUGGAAAGUGUGUCGAACUAAUCGGCACAGUUGA